UUAUUCUUACUAGUAAGUUAUUAUGUAAAUAAGGGAAUGGGAUAGGCAAGGCAAUUGGAAAGAUACUAUAAAAGGAGAAAAUGGAUUUCGAGUCAUUUCGGCCCAUGCCGUAUCGGCCGCAAACAAAUGAAAAGCUGAGACUAAUGAGUAAAGUAAUAUCCUAUUAUUAUAUUUGAGUGUAUAUUUGCUGAUCAUACCAUGGAAGAAAAACAGCCGACCAAUAUCUACACAUUCAAAGAUGAAAAGCCGGAGAAGUUUGAUACUCAGUACACUGCAAGUAUCAAAGAUCAACAUGUACCACUAGUAAUUGACAAUGGUUCAUAUCACUGUAGAGCGGGAUGGGCAAGUCAUAACAAGCCAGACUUGGUGUUCAAAAAUGUCACAGCCAAAUUUAGAAGUCGCAGAGAAAAGGAUGCAGAGAUUCAGAUUGGCAAUGACAUCAGUAAUUUUGAGAUGGUGAGAAUGAUAAUGAGGUCACAGUUUGACAGGAAUAUUAUAACUCAGUAUGAUGUUCAGGAACAGAUAUUUGACUACAUGUUUUCUAACCUUGGUAUCAAUACAGAUGGGAAGGUUGAUCAUCCUGUAGUGAUGACAGAGACGGUUUCUAACCCCAACUACUGUAGACAACAGAUGUCAGAGUUGUUGUUUGAAUGUUAUGGGAUUCCAAAGGUGACAUAUGGUAUUGAUUCAUUGUUCAGUUUGUUCAAAAACCAUCCACAGCCAGGUAAGGCAAAUUCUGUUGUAAUUGAUUGUGGAUACCAGACAACUCACAUAUUACCAGUGCUACAUGGGAGACUAGAUCUAGAACAUUGUAGGAGAAUCAAUAUAGGUGGUGCUCAUGUUGAUGGUUUAAUGCAAAGGUUACUACAGCUCAAAUAUCCUGGCCAUGUGAACUCUAUCACAUUAUCUAGGGCGGAGGAGCUAGUACGUGAUCACACAUACAUGGCGGUAGAUUUCCUGCCUGAGUUAGAACAAUGGGCAUCACAUGAUUACUAUGAUGAGAAUGUACAUAAAAUACAGCUCCCAUAUGCUAAUGCAACAAGUAACUUGAUAUCAGCCCAGCAACAACAGGAACGUAGACAACAACAAAUAAGACGAUUAAAGGAACUCAAUGUAAAGAAAAGACAAGAAAGGUUGGCAGAAGAAGAGCAGGAAAUGAAGAGGUUGAUGCAGUUACAGGAGCUGAUAGCAGAUUAUGAUGAUGAUGAUGAGGAAUAUAAUAAUGCAUUAAGUGAGAACAAUAUAGAGAGUGAAGAGGAGCUGCAGGUACUGAUAAACAAGUUGUCAGUGAGUAUACAAAGAUUGAAGGCUGUUAUAGAUGGUAAAGAACCGCCACCCGAGGAACCUGAGCCUCGGAAGCAAGCAGUGUUUGACCUACUAGAUAUACCAGAUGAUCAAUUAUCACCAGAUCAACUAGUGAAGAAGAAACGUCAAUAUAUACUACAGAAAGCUAAGGAAGGUCGUGCUAAAGCCCAGGCUCAACAAAGGGAAAAAAGACAAAAGGAACUCAUUGCAGAAAAAGAACUUGAAAAGAAAAGACUGACUGAUUUUCAGAGUUGGUUGUCUGAAGUGAGACAAAAAAGACAAAAACUGUUGGAAACUCGUAACAAUCGCAAGCAGAAGAAGCAAGAUAUGGCAAAAAGAAAAACAUAUGCUGCCCAGCAGAGGAUGAGAAUUAUAUCACAGCUUGCUAAAAAUACAAAGAAAGAAGAUACCUUUGGACAAGAUGACAGAGACUGGGAUGUUUAUAAGGAAAUUAACCCCAACAUGAGUGACAGUGAUUCAGAGGCCGAGGAGCUACAGCUAGAGGAACUAGAAACUAUGCUCAAGGAACAUGAUCCAGAAUUCCUGAAAGAGAUGGACAAGGAAGCUGGGGAGUUUGAUAUAGCUGAAUACUACAGGUUACAUAUUGGUGUAGAACGUAUCAGGGUACCAGAGUUAUUGUUCCAGCCAUCUAUGAUUGGUGCUGAGCAAGCAGGAAUUGUUGAAACUCUAGACUACAUGUUCAAAAAAUAUACACAAGAUGUACAACAGACCUUAGCACAGUAUGUAUUUUUGACUGGAGGCUGUGCUAAUUUUGGUCAGUUCAAACAGAGAAUGGAUCGGGAGAUGUUACAAAUGCGACCCUUCAAAUCAACAUUUAAUGUGUUCACAGCAGAUGAUCCAAGUUUGGAUGCAUGGCUUGGUGCCCGGCAGUGGAUCACAUCAUCAGGUAUUGGUAAUGUUUGGAUUACCCGAGCAGAGUACCAGGAGAAAGGUGGAGAUUAUCUAAAGGAACACAUAGCCUCUAACCGAUACCUACCCCACCCAGUACUGGUUAACAAGUGAUACAAACAUUGACAUACAUUAUUCUGACUGCGUCUGUAACUACAAAGAUACACUGCAGUGAUCCUUCACACAAAUUGUUCCUCAAACAGUAACUUUUUAAGAAAAGAUAAAUAAAAUAAAUAAGUAUA